UUGGACAGAAAAAUGAAAACCAUCACACUUUGCCUUCUGGUUGUGGUUUCGGCCACCUGCCUGCUGACUACUCGGGCCAAUUCCAUAGAAUCGCGUGAAAGCGACUUGGACUAUGAGUUUGAUUUUGAAUCAGAAUUGGAGGAUCUGCUAGAUGAAUUGGAUAAUGACAACGACUAUAUGGAUGUGGAGGCACAGGGCUUUAUUAAAACCUGCAGAAAGAUCCUUCGCAAGGCUUUGAAGACAGUUCGAGGCACCAACUGCAUUAUCAAGGAGGUGGCCGACAUCCUGAGUUCCUGCACCAACUAUGUGGAUGCCAUCGAUGACUGUGGAACAGCUAUUCCCAAGGAUGUGGCCAAGAUUGUGGAUUCCGUAAAGCAGAUUAUUAAAAUCUGCGACGAUAUAAUUCACUUGCAUUCGAAACUUUGUGCCAAGGAUGAGUCCGACGAUGGCUCCAUCAUCAAAAACUCUUCCAAGUGCUUCUGGAAAUUGUUCAAGGCCUCAAUGAAGCUGACCAGAAAGAUCAAUAAGACCCUUAAACUGAUUGCCAAAUUGCCCUCAGAUACUAGUUCCUGCUUCGUUAGUGCCACCAAUAAUGUCACGGCCUCUUUUAACUCUUUUUUGCCCAACAUUAAUGUCUGCAUAGAGUCUAUGUAAAUUUUGUAUGGUUUAUCAUGAUAAUUAUAUAGCUUAUUAAAUGAUA